AUGGCGAACACUACGCCUCGCCCCACUCACAUAACACUUCCCGAAACUCAUCUCGCACCAGUCGGCGAGUCCGCACUCGAAUCGAGUUCGGCUGAGCCCACGCCUGCGGAUUCGGCCUCUUCUCUCCCGCAUCAUCGUGUGGCAGCACUCCAAGUCGACCAGCCCAAGCACCCCGAGUUUCGUUUAGUCGCCCACCUGCGAAUGAACAUCCAAGUGCACGAUGACGAUGCAGCAGGAUUGCUUCUCCCCAACACUUGGGGUCCAGAUGGUCAUGACGGUGAUAAGCCGCCACCUAUCCCGAGCGCACUUAAUCCUUCGUCGGAUGCCACUCCGUUGCCAGUAUUAUCUGUGAUCGUACUAUCCAUAGCACUGUUGGGAGAAUUCUUAAGUGCGAAUGUGUCCACUCCGUUCAUUAUCAAUAUGGUCAAGGCGUUCUUCGAGGACAACAAGGACAAAUCCGAGAACUCCCAAGAACUAGACGCCGAAGCAGGAUAUUGGGCCGGCAUUCUCGUCUCAGUAUUCUUCAUUACUCAAUUUCUUACCUCUCUCCCAUGGGCUACUGUCGCGGAUAAGCACGGUCGGCGUGCCGUACUUUUCAUUUCGCUGCUCGGAAAUGCAUUGACAUGUACCAUGUUUGGAUUGUCCACCAAUCUGCCUCAGGCAAUCGUCAUUCGUCUGGCGCAGGGUGUAUUUAACGGUCGUGCAUACUCCAUCCUAGGCUUCUCUUGGGGGUUGGGAGGUGUAGCUGGGGCCAUCAUUGGAGGGUCUCUCGAGUCUCCCGCUAUUAAAUGGCCAACAUUCUUUGCCGAGGGCCGCUUUCCCCUUCUUGUUUCUUAUCCCUAUCUUCUUCCAUGUUUCACAGCGAGCUGUAUCACUGGAUUGGGUGCAUUCUUAUGCCUCUUCCUUGGCUGGGACGGAGGUCCACGGACGGGACUUAUUCGUCUUCCCGAUGAUGGAGAAGACGACAAGCCCGCCGAUGAAGAAGCGCAUACACACUCUCACAUUGAAGGGCUAUCACCGGCGGGCCCGCUUCAGGGCGUCGCUCGUAAAGUCAGUCGACGGUUUUCGGGAUAUUUUGCGCGCCGUGUACGAGAGAACUCGCGCAACGGCUCGCCCGUUCCAUUGGCUUCCCCAAGCAAUGGCGAUGGACGCUCCCCGUCCAUAGGGGUUGGGACAGGCUCAGCAUAUGGUUACCGUAGCCGAAUGAACAGCGUGGCGGCUAGUGUCAGGAGGCGGAGAGCGAGUAUGGCAAGCACCGCUAGAGCUCGAGCCGGAGAUGGGAACCAAGAUGAAAAUAUUGGGCUUGCCCAACGGCUGCUCAUGGCAAACGAACAUAAUGUAACAAACAUGACCGACCUUUGGGUCGCCGCAGCCAUUACUGCCGAUAACGAACAAGUUUUUGAAGACUGGGAUUCCGAUGGCGCAGGCUCAGAUGACGACGCCCGACCUCGGAUCAGCGCUGAUGCGUCCCCUUCACACCUUUCCCCUGGUGAACGUCAGCCUUCAUCUUCACGCCGACCGUCUUCAUCUCAGAGGAGCUAUACUCGUUCUCCUUCCCGCCCUGGAACAUUCGCAUCUAGCCACAUGGGUACGUCACUUGGGGCUCGAAUGUCCUCGGUUCCUGCUAGACGGGCAUCUUCUGUCUCGAGUCGCCCUGCGAUCUUUGCCAAUACUGGACUUGACGAUCAUGGAUACGCGUAUGCUACAAGUAUUCCUAUGGACCAAGCUUCUAUUUCUGUCGCCACCGAAGCAGGGACGCUCGCCCCAAUCAUGGAGGGUCGAACUGCUUCAUCUGCUAGCGAGCCUACUGAACAAGCCGAUAGUACGAUUACUCCCCUUGUGAUAGUGGAGGAACGACCUUCCAGUGCAAUUAGCCAACUUCCGCUUGUCAUAAUCUUUCAGUAUGGCCUUUUGGCACUGCAUGGUACCACGCACGAUCAGAUCUUCCUGAGCUAUCUAGUCUCACCCUAUAAAACUGGAGGACUGGGCCUCAACCCUGGUCACUUUGCGCAGCUUGUGGCGUUAAUGUGUCUUGCGCAGAUUGUAUUCCAAUUUUAUCUUUAUCCGAAUAUUGGGCCCCCUCUUGGUCGCUUCUCGCACUUGGCAAUGUUCCGUAUCGGCAACGCACUCUAUAUUCCUGCCUACCUAACUGUCGUUCUCUACCGUCAUUUCGCAAGCCCCGUUAGUGGAGGGAGUUUACCGAUCAUGAUAUUAUUGUCGAUCAGCACCGCGAUUCGAUACUGCGGGAAUACAUUCGCGUACACCAGUGUGGCGGUUCUGCUCAACUAUAUGUCCCCGCCUCACGUUGUGAGCUUAUCAAACGGGAUGGCACAAUCGGUCGUUUCGCUCGCUCGAUUUAUUGGUCCGGUCCUUGGCGGAUAUGUAAGUCUUACGUUUAGUCGUAUCCCUAUUCCUUACUAA